CUUUCGCGUGUUUAUAUAAUAAAAGCAAGUUAUGAUACUAUGAACAUUUUCUCACAUCAAAAUGAAGGCAUACGGCUUACUUUUGCUUCUAUUUAUACCUGAUUGCUUCGCACUUAGUAUUGGAGUGAAACCGCAAAGCAGAGACAAGAAUGUGACAAAACGUGCUGCGAAUGCAGAUUAUUUCCCGGACUGGGUUCCCUUUAAGAACAAACAUGGAGAUGAGCUUGGAGAAUUCACACCUGUUGUGAAGGCCAAACCUAAAAAAAGACUUGCACUUCCGACGAAUUUCAUUUUAAAAGCGGUUGCUGAACCUCAAGGUGAUGAUUAUUAUGAGAAAGGUCAGGGCGAAAGUGACAAUGAAGACUAUUUUGAGAAGAAAGAAUGGUCCGAUGUAAAUCGACCCUCUGAAGCAGUGGAUCCAAGUGCUGUGCCGGUCACAGCUAAUUUGUCUGACAUUGAUGGUAUUGUUCACAUAAUUACUAAGCCAGUGGAAGAUCCAGUUCUCAAAGCUAUAAAAAUGCGUAGUAAGCAGAAAAAGCAAAAACUUUCUGAUUUAAACAGUGAUAAUAGUAAAGAAAAAGAAAACCCAAAUGAAAAAGAAAAUGUGAAAAUAGACAAAAAAGAGCAUAAAUAUGAAGAUGAAGUAGAUUAUGAAGAAUCGCCGUCAGAAAAACAGAAACCUGAAAAAGAAGAUAUAAAAGAUGAUGAAAAUUCUCAAAGCGAAGAAAGGGAAGACAAAAAACCCCAGGUAAAUGAGGAAGAGAAGCGAGAAAAUGAAAAAAAGAAAGCCAAAUUGCUAAGUAGCGUCGAUGAACUAAAAGAAAGACAUGCUCAAGAGCAGCGAGCUAUUUCUGAAAGAUUAAAAGAAGAGGAAUUAUUCAAGGAGGACUUUGAGAGAGAUAGGCAGCUAUCUGACCAGGAAAACGAUAAGUAUAGUUCAGGUUCUAAAUGGAAAAAAAUUAGUUCCGAUUACGACGACUAUGAUGAAAGUGAUCCCUUACUAAAAGACAAAUAUCAAAUCAACCCAGUCAAAACCACAUUAUCUACUACGACAACAACUAGUAUUCCAAAGAAAAAAUCUAGAAAUCGAAAAUCAAAAAAGGCUCAUGUAUCGAAUGGUAAGCUAUCUGUAUUUAGAAAUCCCCAAUUAUAUAUGGUGGUUGAUGAUGACGAAAAAACUACAGCAAAUCCAAAGGAAGUUAACCAAAAAACAACUGAAAGGUAUUCAUCACGCUAUUCAGCCGACGAUGAGAGUGUAAGAAUUUCACUUGAACCUGCUGAUAAUAAUUAUAAACAAGGAGAACCGACAAAAUUCUUCCCAAAAAAAAGGAAGAAUAAGUUUAAAAGCAAACCAAAGAACAAACCAGUUCCCACGACGACUGCAUCAACUGAAGGUUUAUCCAGUGAAACUACAGCAUUUGAUGCUGAUUAUUCAGCCUCGAACACUGCACCAUCAGCUUCAGAUAUAACAUCGGAUGCAGCACCAUCUGCCUCCGAUACAACAUCGGAUACAGCAUCGUCUGCCUCCGAUACAACACCCGCAGAAACUGAUGAUUCUAAGCAUGCUUCGACCAAUAAAAAGGAACACAAGAAUGAAAAUUUCGAGCACGAAAGAGGUGGUGGGAAGAAACAUGAUUCGGAGUAUUCGGAGGAGCACCAUGAGGAAGGGAAGAAGGCUUAUGAGGGCCACCACGAAGAUACUAAAACCAGUAAAGGACACCACGAUAAAGAGAAUCACCACAAAAAAUACAAAGACGAAGGUGGGAUCGAUAAAGAACAUCACGAAGAGAAGGAGCACUAUGGCGGCCACCAUCACGAGGAACACGGGAAGAAACAUGCUAAGUAUGAAGAGUCAGGGAAACAUUCAAAAGGACACAGCACAAAAGGUAGCCACGACAUACACAAAAAGGAAGAAUACGAAAAGAGGGUUGAAUUCUUCGAGGAAGAUGGCGAUUCAGACGAAGAAGAAAUGCACGGAGCUCACCACAGCGAAAAGGAACACAAAUCGGGUGGUCACUACAAGAAAGCCAAUCUACAAGCAGGUCAUGAAGGACACUCCAAAGGAGAAACGGGACAUUUCGCGAAAGGAGGAAAGGGAGAGUCACAUAAGGGUCACAGCGCAGCCUCUGGCGUCAACAAACAUGGCCACCAUCACAAAGAGCAUUACCACGAAGGAGAUGGCAGUGGGGGUAAGAAGUGGGUCUACCACCACGGACACCCCGCAAAGACAGCACAUUUGGUGGUCAUCGAUAGGAGAGGAGACGGCAAUUACGGACCGCAUUUUGGUUAAUUAUAAUAAAUUAGGAUAAAUCUCCGAUGAUGUGAUAAAUGGAAUAAUUUUUAGUGUGACUUCUGGCUACAUUAUACAUAAAAUGUAGAUUUAGUUAUAGAAUUACUAAUUAAAAUUAAUAUACAAAAUUAGUCUUAAACUAAGAAAUAAUUUUUAAUGAUACAAAAAUUAUCAAACUACCUUCCAAUAUCGCGCUUAGAAUACCUACUGGCAGCUUACGUAGUUUUCUAACCGACUCUUUUACAAUUCAUUCUACAUUAUUAUUGUUUUUUUGUUUAAGUAAGAAACAUCAUCUCUCUUAUAAAAUAAAUUAAUGAAUUCCAUAUUUACUAACUUGGUACUCAAAACCAUGUCUUUCGCAGGACUAUAUGUAUCAAGACUAUCUAUUACUUUCUCUUUUCCUUCUUUAUUAUACGUGUCUUCGCGGCUUUUGUUCUCGGACUCGAAAAUAUGUUCAAGAAAUAUUAAUUUAUAGAUUAAUGACGUAUUUUUCGAUGUUAGUUAAAAAAGCGCUUAAACACCAAUUGUUAAUUUCAAUAAUGUAUGUUACAUUCAGUUUUCAUAAAGAUUGGUCCUCUAACACAAUAGUGUCCAAUAGGAAAAGAUCUAUUAAACUUCUUUUCUUAGUUUUUUCAAGCACUAAAUACAACAAUAAAUUGUGAUAGAAAGCUCACAUACCUAUUUAUCUAUUCCUUUCAAAUUUGACAACAUUAGUUAUUUCUUUAACUGAUUAACUUAACGUAUUUCUCGUCUGAGCUCUAUUAACUUUUAAAUCUUAAAUAAAUAAUCUUUAGUGUAAUUAUUGUAAAUUGUAAAUAACUUUAACGUUUCUAUAUUAUUGUUUUUUAAUUUUAAUUGUAGCAUAAGAUUUAUGUACCGUUUUGUAUUUUAAUAUUGUGAAAUAAAAUGGAAAGUUUUUAUAAA